UGGUAAGCGAAAUCUCUAUCCUACUCUUGAUUUUCAUAAUUGGGUAUCUGGGAUUUUUCAUUUGAUUAUUAAUUUGUAAAUUAUGAAUUCAAAAAGAGAUGGGAUUUUCCCGGAUGAGGUUGUCCUUCAAAUUCUAGCAAGAUUACCUAUAAAGUCUCUUUAUAGAAUCAAAGUUGUGUGUAAAUUAUGGUAUAGAUUGUGUUCUGAUAAGUAUUUCCUUCAGCUAUUCAAUGAAGUUUCAGCUAAGAAUCCCAUGUUAUUGGUGGAGAUUUCUGAAUCCUUACAUUUAAAAUCUAGUUUGAUUUGUGUUGACAAUAGAUUGGGUGUUUCUGAAUUUUCAUUGGAUUUUUUAAAGGACAGAGUCAGAAUUAGAGCCUCUUGUAAUGGUUUAUUAUGUUGCUCUAGUAUUCCUGAUAGAGGUGUUUAUUAUGUAUGUAAUCCAAUGACUCGUGAAUUUAAGCUUCUUCCCAAGAGUAGAGAGAGGCCUGUGACUAGAUUUUAUCCUGAUGGUGAGGCAGCUCUAGUGGGGUUGGCUUGUAAUUUAUCAACUCACAAGUUUAAUGUCGUUUUAGCUGGUUAUCACAGGAAUUUUGGUCAUAGACCAGAUGGGACAUUCAUAUGUUUAGUAUUUGAUUCUGAAUCAAACAAGUGGAGGAAAUGUGUUUCUUAUCAAGAUGAUCAAUUUACACAUAUGAAUAAGAACCAAGUUGUGUUUGUUAAAAAUGGACUUCAUUGGUUAACAGGAAGAAGUGGUUCUGGUAUACUUGUUCUUGAUUUGGAGUGUGAUAUGUGGAGGAAGAUGUCAUUGCCAUAUGAAGUGAGUGAGGAGUCAGGGAAUAGAGUUUACUUGUUGGAAUUAGAUGGUUGUUUAUCUGUGAUACAGAUUUCUGAUACUUGGAUGAAUAUUUGGGCUUUGAAGAAUUAUGAGAAACAUGAAUGGGUUUUGGUUGAUAGGGUGAGUCUCAGAUGUAUUAAAGGAUUAGUACCAGGUAUUUUCCCUAUAUGUCAGACUAGUGAGGUGGUUUUCUUAGCAACCCAUAAGCAAGUAUUGGUGUAUCAACGCAAGAGUAGAGUAUGGAAAGAGAUGUACUCUGUGAAAAAUAGUUGCACACUUCCAUUGUGGUUCUCAGCACAUGCAUUUAGGAGCACAAUAUUAUCUUGUCAAUAGAUGUGAGUGAAGGUACUUUGGUACAAUUUCUUUUGUUACUGUACAUAAAUUUCCUGCCAAAAAAAUUUCUUAGAAAUUAUUACUGUUUCAUAUUUUCAUGAUUAAUGUCAAACAAGCCAUUGUCUUGGGAGGAAGAAUUGUACUGUUCCAUGAAAGCUUUGAUAUAUGUACUUAAAUUUACUUGUUGAUUCUAGUUUCACUUUGUAAUUUUGCUUAUGUAAAAAAUCAAUAAUCAUAUGAAAUAUGAAGUACUCAUUUCUACUUUCUUAAUAAA